CAGCCUUUUCAACAUAAUUUCCAAUCAACAUAAAAUCAAAAUAAAUUCAUUCAAAAUAAACAUCGCCGCCCAUAUAUACCCGCCUGGUACAUUCAAGAACACAAUAAAAAUGUCUCUAGCCGCGAGGGGGGGGGGGGAGCGAUCCCUAUUCAAAAACAAAGGAGGCGGCGCCACCACUUCCACCGCCGAAGCCCCCAUCGUGAAACACCGGUUCCUAGGGUUUUUAAUCUGGCAAGCUCUCCAAUCCACCGCAUUCAUCUUCCUCAAGAGUAUACUCUUUUCCCCUUUCACUACAAACCCUCUGAAACCCUCAUUCAUCGGCUUAUUCGCUUUCAUAGCCUUCCACCUCUCACUCCUCCUCUUUGCUUCCGCCGUCUUCGUUCUCUCCACCCCUCACCCUCUCCGGGCAGCUUCUCCACUUGAGCUCCUGCUCGGUUUGGUGCGGAUUGUUUUUGUCCCGAAGUCUAGCUCUCAGCCGCUGCUCUCGCCGGACUUCCAGCGCCGUGCUAGGGUUUCGCUCUGUUUUGUUCUGUUUUUGGGGGUUUGUGGUCUUUCUGCGGUGGUGUCCAUUACCUCUGUUUGUUUGAGUACUGAUGCUUUCAGUCAAUUUUGGUCGAGGAGGAUGAUUAUCUGGAAUAUAGGGUUUAGGGGUUUGGGGGUUGGGCUGUUCUAUGGGAUUCACUACGUUCUUAAAAAGAGAUGGAUUCUACAGUUCCCAAUUGUCCAUCGUCCUCCUUUCUUCAGCUUUAAGAUGGGUAUUCCUUCAGCUAUCAGGCGUGCUGUAAAACUUACAACAAUAGGUUUCCUGUUGUCAUCUAUUCUGUCAUUUGGUCUUCCCAGUGAGCUUAGAGGCCAAAUGACAGCCAUGAAGUUCAUUACUGAGCAUAUAAUAUUCUACAUGGGAACCUUUGUGCUGUUUCUAUGCUGGGAACUAUCUCAUCAUUUACAUCAGGUUCUGCAAACAAAACGGUUUGUAUUUUCACAUCCAAAAGGUUCUGCAGCAGCUGAAACAAAUCCAAGUGAGCCUCUUCUUGUGACACUGGAAGAGAGCAUGCCAAGGUCCCUUUUGCAGUAUCUAGCAUAUAUUGACCUUUGCAUGGUUUGUGAGAGUAAUGUUGAUUCUUGGCGCCGAGCUGCAUUUUUUGAAGAAACUGGUGAGACUUACAAAAGGGUAGUGGAUGCAUGCUUGCAACCUUUGGAGAAGUUCACAAGAGGCUUGUGUGAAGUGCUGGAUAGCCCUUGUGGGGACACUUCUUUCCAGUUUUCUUAUCACCUUAGGCCAUCGCCAGAACUUUUAGCGGACUCAAAACUUUAUGAAUCAUUUGAGGAAAACCAGGUUGUCGUUGAUGAGGAGAAGAUUAAAUAGUCCAUUUGUAAAAGCACCAACUUUACAGAGGCCAUUUGUAAAAGCCACAUCUUCAUUGACCGCAUCCUCGCGCACAGAGGACCGAUAUGGAGUGGCACAACUCUCCGGACGCAAUGCCGCUGUGGUCUCCGCACUGUUGUCAGGUUUAUUAGCCGCGGAAGCCCUGAUGGGCAAGAAGACCAGCUUAGAAUCUUCCCAUCACCACCAGAUGGACCCCACAGGGAUCAAAUGGGCAACACUGAACAGCAGCUCUGGAAGAAGAGACCCAACUCCCUCUGGGGUUGCAGGGAGAAGAAAGGGGAGCCUUCUGUACACAAAAGCCUAUUCAAUGGCAGAUGUCCUUAGGACUUCCAUUUACAGCAUUGUGGUCGCGUUCCACGACGAAAUGUCAGCCAGUUUAAGGGCAGGUACCCUUGAGAAGGACUGGAUCGGAGCGCCUCUCUAUGGGACGCGGGAGCUGCUUCUGCAGAAAUUACGCCUAUUUCUCGAUUUCCAAGCUAACUAAUUUGUUUUAGUCUUUCACAGCACAAGAGAGAAUGAUGAUGGGGGGGAUGGUUUGGAAAUGGAAACUGUGGUAGGAAAGAAUGUUAUCUAUGAAAAAACUGUAACAUUACUU